AUGAUUAUUCCUAGAAAUAUUUCAUUGAUUAAUUUUAUUCGUACUCAAAAAAAUUUGGCUAAAGUUUUACCUUCUCUUUCUACAUCUCCUAAUAAUGAAGCUUAUUAUUUGGAAAAAGAAGCUGAAUAUAGUUGUCAUAACUAUAAAUCUCUUCCAGUUGUUAUUGCUAAAGCAAAAGGUGUAAAUUGUUGGGAUGUUAAUGGAAAGAAAUACUUUGAUUUUCUAUCUGGUUAUUCUGCUGUAAAUCAAGGACAUUGCCAUCCUAGAAUUGUAAAAGUUUUACAAGAUCAAGCAUCAGUUGUAACAUUAACAUCUAGAGCUUUUUAUAAUAAUGUUUUAUCAGAGUAUGCUGAAUUUAUUACUGGAAUUUUUAAAUAUGAUAAAGUAUUACCAAUGAAUAGUGGUGUUGAGGCAGCAGAAUCAGCUAUUAAAUUAGCUAGAAGAUGGGCAUAUGAAGUUAAAGGUGUACCAGAAAAUGAGGCUGAAAUUGUUUUUGUUAAAAAUAAUUUUCAUGGAAGGUCAAUUUUUGCUAUUUCAGCAUCUACUGAUCCAGAUAGUUAUGGUAAGUAUGGUCCAUUUGUUCCUGGAUUUUCUAAAAUACCAUAUGAUGAUAUUAAUGCUUUGGAAACAAAAUUAAAAUCUAAUAAAAAUAUUGCUGCAUUUAUGAUUGAACCAAUACAAGGUGAAGCUGGUGUUGUUAUUCCUCAAUCACCUGAUUAUUUAAAAAAAGUACGUGAAUUAUGUACUAAAUAUAAUGUUUUAUUCAUUGCUGAUGAAGUUCAAACAGGUCUUGGUAGAACAGGAAAGAUGCUUUGUGUUGAUCAUGACAAUGUUCGCCCAGAUAUUGUUGUUCUUGGGAAAGCUUUAAGUGGAGGAACUUAUCCUAUUUCAGCAGUUUUGGCAGAUAAUCCUAUAAUGCUUUGCAUAACACCAGGUACUCAUGGAAGUACAUUUGGUGGAAAUCCAUUAGCAUGUAAAAUUGCUAUUGAAUCUCUUAAAGUAAUUAUUGAAGAAAAUUUACCUGAAAAUUCAGAAAAAAUGGGAAAAAUUUUAUUAGAAAGAUUACAAAAACUUCCUAAAAAUUUAGUAAAAACAGUUCGAGGUAGAGGAUUAUUACAAGCUAUUGUAAUUGAUAACAAAAUUAAGGCAUGGGAUGUUUGUUUACGUCUUUGUGAUAAUGGAAUAUUAGCCAAAGAUACACAUGGAGAUACAAUUCGAUUUGCUCCACCUUUAGUUAUAAAUGAAAAAGAAAUCAAUGAAGCUGCAGAUAUAAUUGAGAAAACAAUUUGUAGUUUUGCUUAA